AUGUACAUGCUAAGAUACUACUUGGAUAGUAAUGGGAAGAGGGUAUAUACGAUUAAGGCCGUGGUUGAUGGAAAGGUGACUUUUUCGGCUCACCCCUGCCGAUUUUCACCGGAUGACAAAUUUUCUUCGCAAAGAAUAACUCUGAAGAAAAGACUAAAUUUGUUAUAA